AUCUGCACACAUCAGACCGGAAGAUGGGAAACUGAAAGUAGAUCUUCGGCCUCUGCCUGCGCUGAUACGUCGCCUAAGGCUAGGCCUAUUCGAUCAAGAAGCUUUUCUGCUGUCUACUUGCUGCCAAUCAUAAGUCCCAAGUUUGGUCUUGGACUAAAUUCUAGAUCUAGAUCUAGUGUGGUGGCGGAUCUGGCACUUGCUGGACCUCGCAGACAUCAAAAGCUUGGGUCAAGUUGAAGACAAGGAUUUUUUUUUUAAGAGCAAGAGAGAGAGAAAGUGAAAGGACAGAGGAUAGUAUCUGUUGUCAGCAAUGGACGCAAAGGAGAUAAAGGCCUGCCUGAAAGCAGCACGUGAGUCCAUAAGGACAAAAGACUUCAAGGAAGCUUUGAAGCAGUGCAAGGCCAUACUAGCAGUGGACAAGAACAACUACAAUGCGCUGGUGUUUGUUGGCGUGGCAGCCGAGGGGAUGGACCAGCCCGACCAGGCUCUGAAGGCGUACAAACGGGCAACGGAGGAGGCUCCAGAACAGCUGCUGGCCUGGCAGGGUUUGAGCAGUAUGCUGGACAAGAAGGAAGAUUUGCUGAGUGCAGAAGAAGCUGCUGAUUUGUACUCUAAACUUAUUGAGCUCAAUGCCAGUGACUCUUCAAAACAGACACCCUACAUGUCUAAGCUGGCAGAUUUGUAUGUGAGGACCAGUCAGGAAGAUAAGGCUGUUGAUUUGAUUUCAAAAUUGCUGACUCUUGAAUCAGAUGAGGAGAAGAAGAGGAAGUGGAACAAGACGUUGAUAACUCAGCUGUCUCCUCAAGCUCCAAAACUGCCAGACGAGAGACUCACUCUGUAUGAAAAGGCUCUCAAAGAUGUUCUGGACGAUUCAUCAGUUUUAACCCCAGAGGAAGUUGACAACUUUACUCAGCUGCUGCUGGUUAUCACUUCACAGAAAAAAACAGAAGUUUUGAGAGAAAGCUGUAACAGCUUGAGACAAAGGUUUCCCAAUGCUUCUCCACCCUUGGAACUUCUUCUGCAGUGCUAUAUUGAUGAGAGCAUAGGUGACAGCUCUCCACCUGCAGAAACUGUUGAGAAAAUCAAGGACUUGACGGCUGAGCUACUGACACUGAAACCUUCCUCAGUCAUAGCCAAAGUGGGUUCAGCGUUUCAAGCCAUCAGGCUCCGAAAUGGGAUGCAGGCUAGAGAUUUUCUUCAAGAUGCAAAUGAUGAGUGUAUAAGUGGACUGUACUACCUGAGCAGGGCUCACCUCUGUCUGCAUUCCUAUGAGAAAUGCCUUAGAGUUUGCGAAAAAGGCAUAGCAGCGUGUAACUCCGCCCGGCGUGUCCUGUGUGCCCCUACCUCAAGUGUCGUGCGUCAGUUCCAGCUGGUUCAGGCCGCUGCCCACAGGGAGAUCGGCACGGCUGAUGCCUUUGAGAAAGCACUGGCUAUCCUGGACGAGGUUCAGGAACAGUUCCCAGCGCAAGCAUCUCUCACCAGAGCUUACAUCAAGCUGGAUCAAGGGGAGCUGGAAGAUGCUGAGGAAUGUGCAAAGAAUUUGCCAGCGGACCAGAACUCAUCGAAGAUCUUGAGAGCCCUCAUCCAAGUUGAAAAAGGACAGCAAACUGAAGCUUUGAAACAACUGCAAGACGCAGUGGCGAGUGAUCCAGAGGAUGCUGUGGCCACGCUGCAGCUAGGAAAACUACUGUGGGAACUGAGAGACUCCAAGGAAAUGAACCUCAACAUACAGCAGUGUUUUACCACUUUGCUUAAGGCUGCGAAGCUGGAUCCCUACAAUUAUGAGAGUUUCCUUUACAUCGGUCACUUCUACAAGCUAGUACAGGGAGAUGCAGUGAAAGCGCGGCGAUGCUACCAGAAGGCGUACGACCUCAGUGGAGGGAAGGACGAGCCUGGCUCUGCUCUCGUGGACACACUUAUGGAGCUGGGGGAGGAGAGCCAGUCCAUAAAGAUAUUGGAGAAUGUCACUGCGAAAGCUGCUGCUGGAUGUGCCAAGUGGGCGUGGCUGAGACUAGGCCUGCACCAGACAAGACAAGAGGAUCCCACCACAGCCAUCGCAUCCCUACAGUCUGCACUGCGAGCUGACCCCAAUGACAACCAUGUGUGGGAGUGUCUGGCAGACGCUUACUUCCAGAGGGGAAGUUUCACAGCUGCUCUAAAGGCUUUCACCAAGGCAUCUGAGCUGGACCCAGAGUCUCUCUACUGUCAGUAUCAAAUUGCCAGCAUCAAGCAAACCCUGGGGUCCCUGUCUGAGGCUGUCCAGGAGUACAAGCAAGUCCUUGGCAUGUCGGCUCACUAUGUGCCUGUUCUGAAGGGUUUGGGUGAGUCCCUCAUACAACUGGCCAAACACAACGUCGGUCGUUGUUUGGAUGGGCUGGCUCAAGAUUAUGCUGAGGAAGCUCUCUUGUAUCUGACAAGGGCAGCAGCCCACAGGCCGGACUUGUCGUGUUUGUGGAAACUGAUGGGAGAAGCCUGCACACUGACACACUGCCUGGCCUCAGACGCUUUCAGAAUUCCUGCAAAACUUGUCGGAAAGAGUGCAUCAGACUCUGGUCUACAGACUGUCAACAAGCAACAGCUUUUGGAGAUUGGUGCAAGGUGCUACAGUCAAGCCGUGAAGAUCCUCCCAGACCAGAGUGCCCUCUGGCACGACCUUGGGAUUAGCUUGUACCGACAGAGCCAGGUUCUGGUCGCAUCAGGCGAGGUCACGUUGAGUUUGGCAGUGCUGCAGAGAGCCAAGCAGGCAGUGAGGAAAGCCCUCAGUCUCGAGCCCAAGGACUGGAGACACUGGAACAUCCUGGGAGUCCUGGCCUGCUGCAAAGAGGAUGAAAACCUUGGACUAGCCCAGCACUGCUUUAUCAAGUCCAUCGGAUGCGAAAGCUCUAAUGUUGUGGCUUGGAGCAAUCUAGGAGCACUGUACUUAAGCCAGUCAGAGAUUAAGCUAGCUCACGAUGCCUUCAAGUCAGCCCAGAGUGUGGACCCGACGUACGUCGCCUGCUGGGUGGGGCAGGCUUUGAUUGCUGAAGUCGUUGGCCACGAAGAAGCGAUGGAUCUGUUCCGACACACGACAGAGCUGGGAGUACACCUGGAGAGUGCUCUGGGCUAUGGUCAGUGGGUGGUGACCACACUAGGAGACCAGGAGAAGAGGUCGUCAGAGCUGUUCCACUACUGUAUACAGCAGAUGGCCGCUGUGCCUGCAGCCUGCGACGCCCUCAUUAGAUACACAAGUCGUAUCAAGACAGAUUCUGUGGCCUACAACAUGCUUGGGUUGUUGCUGGAACACCAGAAAUUUUUCCAAUCUGCAACAGAGGCUUAUGAAAAGGCUCUGGUGUUGUUGCAAGAUGGGGCUGAUCAGUCCAGGGUAAAUGAUGUGAGGCUGAACCUAGCCAGAAAUUUGUGCUCUCAUGGCAAGUACGACGAGUCUGUCAGUUUGUAUGGCCAGUGUGACCUGUCGGCACAGAUGGAGCACACGUGUCUGUACGGGCUGGCCUUGUAUCACUCGGACAAACUUGUUGAGGCUUUCAAUGUUUUAGAGAAGGCACUGGAGCAGGCACGCUCAGAUCAAGAACGCUCCAACGUGCACGCGGCUCUGGGCAUGGCAGCCUACAAGUUCAAGGAUAUGGAUGGAGCUAAGUCACAGCUGUUUAGCAGCUUCCAGACGUCGCAGCCAUCGGUCCAGGGCCUCCUGGCUCUCUGUGCGCUGGGUCUGCUGCAAGGGGACCUCACUCUGGCCUCGGCUGUGCUGGAGGAACUCUCCAAGCUCGGAGACAAGGACAAGUACCUGCGACAAAUCGCAUUGCUCUGUCUCUUCAGGUUUAUGGCUCAGAAUGACAAAGCUGGCGGGGAGACGUACAUGCGUGAGUUGGUUGAGACCUACCCAGAGGAGGCGAGCUUGUGGUCACUAUUGUCCAGCUACAUCCUGCUGGUCAGCCCAGACCAGGGUCCUGCUGCCUCGGAGUGCUGUGUCACGGCACUCAGCCUCGGCUCUGACGCUGACUGUUUGAAUGACGUCUUGCUACAGUGCCGGGCUCAGAUGUUGGCAGGUCACCACAGUCGACAAGACAGAAGCAAGAACGCUCUGAGGUCAGCCCAGAGGGCUUUCCACCUUAACCCAGGAUCAGUGUCAGCCCAGAGUACGUUUGUGAGUGCUGUGCAUGCGGAGGCGGUGCUGAGGCUGGCGUUACACGGAAACUCUGACCUUCUCCAGGUUGAACAAGAUUUGCUUUCUCUCCUUUUGAAUAAAGAAGAUUUGUCUCCUGAGCUAAAGACUUGGUUCCUGCAGCACUCAGUGGUCAACAGGAUUUUGGCCGGUGAUGUCCAGAUGGCAACAGCUCAGGCCAAGCUUCUCUCUGAGUUCCCAGACCCGACGUCUUUCAACAAACUUGUGCAGAAUUCUCUCACGUCUACCGUGGACUCUGGCCUGGACCAUGUCUCUGAGGCAAACAGUCUCCCGUUAGUGUUGGCCAUUUCCCUGUUGAUUGACCAAGGCAAGUUUACAGAGGCUGUGGCAUUGUUGAAACAGUUUGUGAAAGGAAAAGAAGAAAAAAUAAGUGCUGCUUUCUACAAAAGCUUGUUGGAAAGAAGUGCCUUCAUCUCGUACAAAGGCCUGCAGGAAUCUGACAGUGAGGUAUUGAAAGAGAAUCUCGACACAGUGGCCCAGACGUUUAAACAGAAGGAGAUCUCGUCUACUAUUGUGAACGCUUUACAGGCCAUGAGGACAGAGGACAAUAAAAGGUUAGCCAAGCACCUGUUUGCCACAGCUCUGGACCAGGUGGAUGCUGGCACGGACGUCGGAUAUGUCAGCUCUCUGUCCAGGCAGGGCCUCGUGUCGCUUCUGUGGGACUCGGCCAAGGACUCCGACCAACAGCUGGUCAAGGCCUUGUUAGAAGACGGCAAAGCCUCCAAGGACUCUGGCCUAGAUAGGCUCGUGAAGGAGCUGAAGGCCAAUAAAUAGAUGACUGGACGUCGCAUCCUCGGUUAUUUCUGGUCUGGAGAGGAAUGAAGCAGCCAUCGAUGACACUGAUCUGUUGAUAAGCAGAUAAGAGGACCUCGCUCCUCUCAAGAAUUAGUUUAAACAAUCUCCCUAUAAUUUGUUUUGGAUGCUUUCUGAAAUCUAUACACUUUUCUUAUGAACCCUUAUCAGAGGUUCAGGUACAAAUAAAGAAAUUUACAAACUA